CAGGCUAAUUUCUGACCACUAAACUGUGGUUGUCCAGCCCCCCUUAUCUAUUAUACCCCCUAACACGCUCCCGCCAAGGGCUCAGAGGGAGGGAAGGGGGAAGAGUCUUUCAUGCACCAGCCAGUUCCAGGGAGCAACUUCCAGCUUCCCCUGGUGCUGCCAUCCCCUCUCAAACUUGCAUUUCUUGGAUUGCUGCUGUUCAUAUCUUGUAUGUUUGGCAAGGUUCAUCUGAGAUAUGGGGCUUCAAGUGAUUCACAUUCUAUCAAAUGCUCAGAACUUGAGCACCGAAUUAUUCAAUUUGCAGACAAGUUGCAGGCAAACUGUCCGAGUGCCUCAAGGAAGUUUAGGACAUCAGUGAUGAGGUCUUCUUGUUUGACAUCUACCUCUAGAAUAGGCGGGCUACCAAGUCUAAUGACGAAAUUGGAACAAAGGUUCUUUCUUUCAGUUGCAAAUGGUGAUCGUGUCAUGACAGACAAUGGUAAAAAUGAGUUUAAUAUUGCUAAUACAUCAGAUUCAGAUGAACAAUCCUCUGCCACAGAUCUCCCACUCGCGGAUUCUUUGGAAGGGGGUGAUGAAAUUCAAUCUAAAGCUGAAGGAGGUUCAGUACCCAAGCUCUCUGAUGUUAAUAAUGGGUCGAUAGCUUCCAUAAACUCUAAAGAAGAAUCACCUUCAUCUAAUCAAACGCCAGCCAUCAAACGAUCUCCAUUAACCGCAAGAGAGAGACUUAGGGCAGCUCGGGUCCUUAGGCGUUAUACAGAGUCCAAGGCAUCCAAGCCAGAGCUAGGAAGCAAACUGCUUGAUGCUCUUAAAGAAAGUGACAAAGGAAAAAGAUCUGGCCUUCCUGAAGCCCCUACAAAUUUAUUUGAUGACAGCAAAAGAGGGAUGCCAAAACCAGGAUGGACGUUUGAGUUUCCUGGGGGAUUUGAUGUGUUUGUAAUUGUCUUUUCAUUUGUGUUCAUCAGCACGGUGAUGUUUGCAACAACAUAUAUUGUGUGGAAACUUGGUGGCAUUCAUUUUAAUGAAUACUAACAAUGUUACGGGAAUCUUUUGCUUGGCUUGGAUAUCCACAUCCACACUUCCACACAUCAAUGGGAAUGAAAGUCAUCACAGUUUAGGCACUGCCAUCGCUUCUUGCUCAUGGCUCUAGAUCUGUUUCUUGUAGCAAUACAUGACUAUACAGAAUUCAGCUUGACCAGCAAUAGUAUGUAGUAAUUUUUACCUAAAUAUUUUUCAGAUGGUAUACUUCUUAAUGAGAUGAAAAAGCUUAUGCGAGCUACAUUGUAAUGCU